AUGGCUGUGACUGCUGCGCAAGACUCUCUUGUCACUUCCGACACCGGCCGCGCGACUUCGCAAGCGCUGAUCAGGACGACUGCCCCGACUGGACCUGCGAGGACUGAUGAGGCGACUGCUCAAGGACAAGCGCAAGCGGCGCGCCGCCCGACGAACCUCCUCGACCUCCCGGACGAAGUGCUCGAGCAGAUCCUCCUGUGGUCUACCAACUUCUGGAAGACUCCUACCGCGGGACGAAUCGACUACCUACUCGUCAACAAGCGCAUCUGGCGGAUCGGCUUCGCUGUUCGCAUGAGCCGUCUCUGCAUCGAACGCAAACCCGACGUGCACCUGCGUCAGCUGUCGGCGAACCAGCAACAGAGUGCCGUCGUUCGGGCGCUUCGCGUCGAGGUAUCCGGGGAACUCUUGCCGUUGAUGACGGUCGCCGUCGCCAAUCUUCCCCUUCUCAGCGAGGUCUUCCUCUCGCUCGACGUCGUCGACGAUGUCGAGGGCGACCACCAGCGGCGAGCUGCCGCCCUGUGCCUCAAGACGUUGACACAGCGCUCGUCAUUGACGGAGAUUGGCCUCUUCAGCUUUGAAGGCUUGCGGUCCGAGGACUUCAGCGACUUGCCCAACUUUCCGCCCUCGCUUCACCGCCUUGAUCUCCCGCUCAGUGACGACUUGACGGAGCUUUUCCUGCGGCGCUGUGCAUCUCUACAAACCCUGUCCGUAUCCUACUGGAGCAGUGUCGGCACUGCCAACGUCUGGGACGCCGCCGCUAAUUUGCACGUAACUUUUCGCCAUUGGUAUGAGUUCAUGGCGGAUCUCGUCGAGUCACAGCUGCAGCAAUCCCUCCUUCUCACUAACUCGCAACGUUCUCCGCUCCGUUCCCUGAGUCUGCACAUCGACCCUAACUACCACGACACAUCGGAUAGGACCGCCCGCUCCGCCCAGGACAUGGCAGCGACCAUCAUCACUUACGCCGCCUCGUCAGCCAUCUCAGGUCUCGAAGUUAUCCAGGCGUCUGGCGCUUCAUGGCCGACACUGGGUGACGACGUCUCGCUACCAAAUGUCAAGAUCCUCCAGCUCGUGGUUGAUGGGAUGGGCGAUACCCACGAGGCUGAGGGAUGGCCUUCGCUCGCCCGCUUCCUCUCGCAUUUCCCCUCGCUCAUCCGCCUCGUCAUUGACAUCACGGCAUACGAGAGUGUCAUGUACACGACGUCGAUUCCUCACAAACCAAUCUCGAUGAAGAAGCUCGCCGCUUGCCUCGAACCGCAGAGACUAGCGGCGGAACAGCCGUUGCUGGCUCAGCUCCUUGUCUUCCUGCGCUCAACAUCUGUUCUUCAACUGUACAUCCGGCGUACGUGGCUGCGCGGGCACGAGCUGCGGGCGACACGGGCGACGCGGGACGACGACUUCAGCUUCGAGCGUUGGGAUGUGACGAAGCUCCAGAUGUAG